AUGGUCGAUUCCGCCGACGACUUUUUGGCUGGCAUCGAACACGAGGUCCGCAACAGAGCCAGCAAGCAACGCGACAACAGCUCUUCGGGCCGAGAUCGCGACAGGGAUCGUGAGCGAGAUCGCAAAGACCGAAGGUCCGGUAGGGAAACAUUCGAAGACGAUCGAAGCACUUCAUCGAGCUUGCGUAAAAGAAGGGACACCGACGACCGCGACGACCAAGAUCGUUACCCACGCAAGUCGCAGCGUGACGACCGGGACAGACGCGACAGGGAUGACGAUGAGAACCAACGUCGCAGACGCAGAGACGACGACUACUACAGCGGAGGAGGGAGUAGAGCCAGCCGCGAUCUGCGGGAUAGCCGCGACGACCGAAGCAAUUACUCUUUCCGACGAGAUCAUCGUGACCGAGGCGAAAAUCGCUAUGCCGGUCGUAGGGAGCGCUCAAGGUACGACGAUGAGGACUCUUACCACGAUAGAGGUGGCCGCAGUCGUGGCGGCGACUGGAGGAGUGCCGAAGGCCGUGACAGCAGUCCUUCGGUGCGUCGCAGUCCGACGCCGGAAGGAACCAUCCCCAUUAGCGAGCGCGCAAGGCCUGAUUCCAAGUGGGAUAUCCCUGCUCCCGGUUUCGAAGGUACCAGCGCUCUAGCCGCCAAAGCUACGGGAUUGUUUGGCAUUCCCGGUCAGACCAGACUCGUUGGAAUGCCACCUGUAAAUCUUGGCGUCAACGGUCCCGGUGUUCCGCCGGGGGUAGGAUUGCCUCUGCCGCCGAUUCGCAUGGGCGGUCAGCCCAUCCAUCCUCACCGCGGUGGGCCUCACUCACAACAUAGACAGCCGUAUCCGCCGCAGCACGAUCCGCAUUACCAGCAUGGAGAUCAGCCGCACCCGCAUCCGCACUCUGCCAUGCACCAGCAGCAACACUACCCGCCCCAACAAGGCCACGGCCAGCCGUAUCCAGCGCAUGGUGGGUAUGGUCCCAACAAUGGGUCUCACCCACCUUCGCAGCAACAGGUGCCUUCUCCAGCAGAGCUCGCUGCUCAGAAUGCGAACCGCCAAGCACGUCGGCUGUACGUCGGCAACAUCACCCAUCAAGCCAACGAGCAGAACAUUGUCGCCUUCUUCAACGAGCAGAUGCUCAAACUCAAGCUUGGCACUGAACCCGGUGAGCCGGCCGUGUCGGCUCAGGUCAAUGUCGACAAGGGCUAUGCUUUCGUUGAGUUUCGCCAUCCGGAAGAAGCUACCAAUGCCAUGUCGUUUGAUGGCAUUGUGUUUCAGGCCCAAUCGCUCAAGAUCCGACGGCCCAAAGAUUACACCGGUCCCGACAUCCGUCCUCCCUCCAACAUCCAUGUACCAGGUGUUAUCAGUACAAACGUACCCGACUCGCCGCACAAAAUCUUUGUCGGCGGUUUGCCGACCUAUCUCAACGACGAUCAGGUGAUCGAGCUCUUGCAAGCCUUUGGAGAGCUUCGUGCUUUCAAUUUGGUCAAGGAUACCGGUACGGGUGCAUCAAAAGGCUUCGCUUUUUGCGAGUAUGUCGAUCCUGCCCUAACGGACUUGGCGUGUCAGGGUCUGAAUGGCAUGGAGCUCGGUGAUCGCAAUCUGGUUGUGCAACGUGCAAGUGUAGGAAGCGAGAAGAAGGCGCAAGCGCUCGCUGCUACGGGGGCUAACAUGGGCGCUUUGGGGGGCGCGGCGGUUCCCAGUUCCGUGCAAAAGUUCGCCGGCGACGGAGGCGAUGCAGGCGAACCUACCACCUGCAUGGUGAUGCUCAAUAUGGUGACACCAGAAGAACUGCAGGACGACGAAGAAUACGCCGACAUCGUCGAAGAUAUUCGCGACGAAUGCAACAAGUAUGGCGCCGUUUCCGACGUGCGUAUUCCCAGACCGGCCAAGGAGAGCAAAGGAGCUGCUGCGCAUCAGUGGAAACGCAGUCAAGACGAGGGCGCUACUACGGUGGAUGGUGAAAAGGCCACGUCGGCGGAGAGAGAAGGUGUAGGAAGGGUCUAUGUGAGGUACGGCGAAACGGAACAUUGUGCACAGGCGCUCAGAGCGAUUGCUGGUCGACAAUUUGGCGGCAGAACUGUCAUUUGCGCCUUUCUGAGGGAAGACGAUUGGCCAGCGGAUGAAGAUGGUGGUCAAAACGCCGACGAUACUGCAGCCCAGGCCAAAGGCGCUGCUUUUGGUGCGUAG